GUGUGGUGAUGUUGAGAGUGUCGGUCAGAAUUUUCGCUCCUUUUUCAGAGAGAUUUCGGCUAGUAUUUACGUAAUUCUCGCGACAAAAAGAUAUAAAAUUACACAAUUAACACUUCAUUAUAAACUACUACAAUGAAAAAUUGCCGUCAUAUCCUGUAAAUGACUGGAAAUCUGUAAAUCCCGCAGUGCUGACCGAUGUGCGAUUGGAUUGUCUGAUAUCGAUCGAUAUUAUUUUGACGGCAAGUUACAUUCCUAACCUACAAACAUACACAGAACAGUGUUUAGGUCUGAAGGAUCUACAUUUUCCCGAAAAUCUUUCUAAUAUUACAUUAAACGACUCUCUUCAGUGAUGUAGUGAUUUUUAGUGACGUAACAAGUGUCUAGUGAAAGUAAUUACGGUUGGGCGUUGACGGGAAAAAUGGAGAAGAAGACCAUAAAGCCUCCUCGCUUUACCACUACCUCCCGGAAUGACCGGGUGGCUCAGAUGACCAAGCAGGAGGAAAUAAUUGCCAAGAAAAAGAGGGAGCUGGUUGAAAAGCAACGUACAGCGGAAUUGGCCAAGGCUAUAGCGGCGGCCACGAAUGAGGGUAACAAGAGCACGGAUACUACAGAGACAAGCACAUCUGCCACUCCUCGGAAUUCAUUCAAUAACGAUGGCUCUUUCCUCGAGAAUUUCAAAAAGAUCACGCAAGCGGCAAAUGCCACAACUGCGCUGAACACAAAGGGCUCUGAUGAGGCUCUGGGGACACAGUUGGAUGACAGUCGUCAUCCAACUUCGGGUAGUUGCGAGGAUUCCGGUUCACAUGAGAGGGAGGAGAAAUUUGAGAGGAGACAGAGAAAAGAGUCUCCAUACAGGAGCGAAUAUGCUAUGAUGCAGAGCCAAGCUGUGGCUCAGGAGCGUCGUGAAAUGGCUCAGUCCCAAUCGUUUUCCUUGCAGAUUCCUCCUCCGCCACCCCCCACCUGUUCCAGUUUCCCACCUAUCACGGCUCCCGUCUCUGUUUCUAAUGCAAAGUCUCCGCCACCCUUCUUCAAUCCUAACAUUCCUCCCCCUGGCGUUCUUCUGUCCACACCUCCACCCACUCCCGUUGCACCACCGGCUUUCCCACCACCCCUCCUGCACACUAUCCCUCCGCCAGCACCGUUGGUGCUCAAUGAGAUUCCCGCCCCGAAGGCGCUCGAUCUGAACGCCAUUCCCAAGCCUGAGCUCAAUCUGGAUGUCAUCAAAGUGCCUGAAUUUGUAGCGGCUCCGCCGCCACCGCCUCCACCACCGCUGCCGCAAUUUCUCACAGUUUUUUCAGACAAUGAAAUUAUUCCGACAACCAUAGACACGUUAGUCGUAAUGGUAGCCGAAAAUGGCGAUGCCUAUGAAGAUAAAAUACGUUCACGAAAAAAUGAUGUUCAUUCAUCACUGUGGUUUCUCUUCGACACACAGUCGGAAGCAUACCAGAAUUAUAGGCGGAAGGUGGUUGAAGUGCGCUCGGGGCGGAUGAAGGAAGUGGCGUUCAAGGAGUCCGACAAGUACGAUCCAGAAGAGGUGUGCAACGAUUACGAGGACGAGGAGGCGCUCAAGGAGCGCGAGCGCGCUGAGGAGGCUGAGGAAUAUCUUGAAUACCACAGACGCUUCACGGAAAUGUUCAAGCACCAAGAUGAUGAGGAGGAUGCCCAUGAUUCGGAUUCCGAGUAUCGACGGGAGGUGAAGGAGAGGAGUUUUAACAACAUGAAGCGUCGUAGUGCUGUCAAUUACGAUGAUACAGACUCCACGGAGUCGGAACAGAGUGGUCAGAGUGGAGGAUUUAUGGACUCGCGAGAUUUCCAGUCCAUGGACAGGGCGGCUGAAUUGAAGGGAGAGUCAUCGGCUUCUUCAUCGUCGCGAAGGCGCAAGAGAAGUCGCUGGGGUGAGAAGGUGGAGGAGUCAAAGGUGCCUUCGCCACCAGAGAGCCAGAGCAAACCCAGUCUAAGCACUGUGAGCAGGAGCAAUCCGGCACUUCUGCAGUAUGCACUACAGAACUUUGGCACGACUAAUCUUAGUGAGGAGGACUGGAAGAAGGCAGAAGAUCAUUACAAAAUUAAUCUACUUUAUCAAGAUAUGCUAAAGAAGCGACAAGAGAUUGAUAGACUGGCGAAGAAGGGCCAGUUCAAGUAUGAAUACGAUUCCGAUGAGGACAUCACAGGUGGAACGUGGGAACACAAGCUGAGAAUGGCAGAGAUGGACGCCACAAAGGCGUGGGCUGAAGCGCUCACGAAGCAGUCAGAGGGACGUCAUCAUAUCGGUGACUUCUUGCCGCCGGAAGAACUCAGAAAGUUCAUGGAGAAAUACAAUGCUAAGAAGAACAAUCGAGAGCCAGAUAUGAGUGACUACAAGGAGUACAAAUUGAAGGAGGAUAAUAUCGGUUUCCAAAUGCUGCAGAAGUUGGGUUGGAAGGAGGGUACAGGAUUGGGAGCGGAGGGUCGCACUGGAAUUGUCGAUCCAAUUAACAAAGCGUCCCAAAGGGAAAUGAACCAGGGACUGGGUGCCAAUUCCAAUGCCACUCCACCCGAGGAAGAGAAUGAGUACGAAGCCUACAGGCGACGAAUGAUGUUGGCCUAUCGAUUUCGGCCAAAUCCACUGAAUAACCCACGAAGAGCUUACUACUGAAUUUUUGCGUGCUCAACAUCACAAGAAACUCUCGAAGGAAUUGAGCUGUCGGGAGUUUUUGGAGGAUUUGACAGUAAUGAAUGGCAUAAUAAACACGAAAAAGUGCACUAAAAGCUACUAGGUAAUCUAUAGGUUUCCUGAUACAUAAUAUCCUAACAUAUUUGCAUAUUUUAUUGGAAAAAAAUAAAGAAGGGCGUGAA